AUGGAGAGCCGAAUCCAUGCGCCGAGAGUUAUUGAUGAGGUCUAUCAAUCGAAAGUCAGACUUUACAAGAUUUUCUUUGUUUUUGGAUUUCUUGGAGUUGUCUUGAUUGGGAGUUUGACUUAUUCGAUGAAUGCGGGCGAUCAGAAAGGAAACCGUCACCCGAGGGAUCUCGAAGAUGAGCAGACUCUUUUGAAUUUUUGCCGAAAUCGGAGCCAUCGAUUGAGCGAGAAAAUCCGGGAAAGAAAUGAGAAGCUUUUCGAAACUACGUGUGAUCUAGACGCUUGGAAAAGUCAUUUCAAUGAGAGCUCAACAAAAUGGGAACAACAAGUUGCGGCGCUUAACUUAAAACUCGAGAAUCAACAAAAGCAAAUAAAGGAAUUGAUGAACUCCUUUGAUGCGUUACCGUGUCCCAUCGGUUGGCAAUUGUUCGGCGGUUUUUGCUAUAAGUUCUCCCUUAAAAACGUUCCAUACGAUCAAGCGGCAGAAAUCUGCAAAAAGGAAAACAGCCAUUUGGUGUCGAUUCACAGCGCCGAGGAGAACUCUUUUGUCAGCAGUCACUUUACGAAUGUUUCCACAUGGAUUUGGACGGGAUUCACGCUCGAAGUCGUCAAUUGGAUCUGGAGCGAUGGAAGUGUUGUGGAUUACACGAAUUGGGGAAAUGGUUGGCCCCAAGAGACUGGCACAAAGAAAUGGGGUCAUAUGUGGAUUCAAGGUAGAUUAUGGGGCUGUAGUCCGAAAUCGUAUGCCCAUGGUGUUGUCUGCAAGAAGAAGCCCGACAAUCACAAA